AUUCUAACAAAAUGGCUGAACGGAAGGUCCUGGUGAAAUACUAUCCUCCUGAUUUUGAUCCUGACAAGUUGUACAAAGCCAAGAAGCUUAGAGACAUGGUUCCGAAGAAGGAGCAGAGCGAAGGCAAGAAAUAAAGGAGUUUCAGUCCGAAUGAUGCUUCCUAUGAGUGUCAGGUGCAAGACUUGUGGAGAGUUCAUGAAAAUUGGGACUAAGUUUAAUAUGAGAAAAGCUACUGUAGAGGACGAGGAUUACCUUGGAAUCGCUAUUUAUCGGUUCCAUUGGAAAUGCAAGCGAUGUUCUGGUGAACUCACUAUGAAAACCGACCCUAAAAAUUCAGACUAUGUCUGUGAAUUUGGAGCUACGAGAAAUUAUGAGCCUUGGAGAGAUCAGAGAUGCGCAGAGACUGCCAAAGCUGCCGUCAGAAAGCUAGAAGAGCAGAACGAUAUCCUGAAGAGUCUUGAGAAUAAAACUUAUGACUCUAAAAGAGAGAUGGAGAUUUUGGACAACCUUGAAGAAGUCAGGCAUCUUAACAAGAGGCAUGCCAACGUUAACCAUGAGGAUAUGAUUGAAGCCUCUAGGAAGCAAUACAUGCAGUCCUUGCAAGAAGACGUGCUACAGAAGGAUGCUAAGGAGCAAUUCUCAAAGCUCAGAAGGAAGAGAGAGGAAAUGAUGGAACAAGACGCCAUUUUUGAACGAAAGGAAGAAGAUGAUGAAAAGAAAUGAAAUCAAUGGUGAAGCCAGACCCAAUCAAAAGUUCUAGCGGGCCAGUAUUUAAAAGACCUGCUGUGAAGCUAA